AAAAACCCACCAAACUUUACCAAGCAGAGGAUGGUGUAUUUAAAAAGAGUGCGUUAAGCGUUUAUCGUUUCCGAUUCCGAAUUCACAGCAAUGAUGAAUUCGACAGAAGAAGAGUGUUGUGGCCGCGAGAAGAUGGAAAAAGACGUUCAUGUCACGUUUCUUGAGUUGAUGUACUAUUUGCUCCCAUCUCCCUACGAAUCCCAAGAGAUCAACCACCUUACUCUCGCUUACUUUGUCAUCUCUGGACUCGACAUCCUCAACUCUCUCCACUCAGUUGCCAAGGAUGCUGUUGUCAGUUGGGUUUUGUCCUUCCAAGCUCAACCUGGUGCCAAUGCUGAUCUCAAUGAUGGACAAUUCUAUGGCUUUCAUGGGUCCAGAACCUCACAGUUUCCUCCAGAUGAGAAUGGAGUUUUGAUUCACAACAACAGUCACUUGGCAAGUACUUAUUGUGCCGUUGCCAUAUUGAAAAUUGUUGGUUAUGAAUUGUCCAAUCUUGAUUCAGAAUCAAUUGUGACUUCUAUGAGGAACCUUCAACAGCCUGAUGGAAGUAUAUGGUUGGUUCUGCAGGUUUAUGUCAAAAUUUACACCCCGAAUGAUAUGCUUGAGUGGAAUUACUUCUUAUUCCUUAACUUUCUGAUCUAUGUUGGCAGUUUCAUUCCUAUUCACACUGGAGGCGAAACAGAUCUUAGGUUUGUGUAUUGUGCUGCUGCCAUCUGUUUCAUGCUCGAUAACUGGAGUGGCAUGGACAAGGAGAAAGCCAAGGAUUUCAUAUUACGUUGCCAGUCUUAUGAUGGUGGCUUUGGAUUAGUUCCUGGUGCAGAAUCUCAUGGAGGUGCAACUUACUGUGCUAUUGCAUCUCUCCGAUUAAUGGGAUUCAUCGAAGAUAAUAUACUCUCAAGUCGUACUGCAGCUUCUUUGAUAGAUGUGCCAUUGCUUCUUGACUGGAUCUUGCAGAGGCAGGGAACUGAUGGUGGAUUUCAAGGUAGACCAAAUAAAUCUAGUGACACAUGUUAUGCAUUUUGGAUUGGAGCUGUUUUAAGGAUUCUAGGGGGCUGCAAUUUUGUUGACAAUAAGGCCCUACGUGGAUUUUUGAUUUCUUGUCAAUAUAAGUAUGGCGGUUUCAGCAAAUCACCUGGAGAGUUUCCUGAUCUGUACCACUCAUUCUAUGGAUUUACUGCUUUCAGCCUGUUGGAAGAAUCUGGCUUGAGAUCUCUUUGUUCUGAACUAGGAAUUACUGAAAAUGCUGCAACGGGACUCUAGCUUAGAAUUAUAAAUGGAUGCUUUUAUUUUUGGGUACACCAUUUAUACCUAACACUUCUUGCAAAUUAUAUGAAGUUCUCAGAACUAAUCCACCCUUAAUGGACUUUUCUUUUGAAUUCUUUUUCAAAUUCAGGUGGAGUGUAAAUUUUAAAUUUCAUUGUAUUGUAUAUUGUAUUUGUGUGCAUAAUUCAGGUUAUUAGGUUUCUUCUA